UACCCUUCCGAGAGCUGUAUCUUCAAGAAACGUCUUCCCGACUUCUCCUCCUCCUCCUCCCGGAUACCGUUGGUGUCUCCUUUUUUGGCUGGCCUACAUUCUCCCGUCCCUACAUGCGGUGACUCUGUUUCCCCCGGGCCCAGCCCUUUUGAGAUACAUCACCAUGGCAAGCUUGCGGGACCGCCAGAUUGCCUCCAUUGAGCGCAUACUCAACCUCAAUGCCCCGACACAGCAUACCGACCAUCACGAUCAUGCCGCCGGCCUGCCCCCCGCCAACUCGCCCAUAUUGACCGAGUCCGGAGAGCCGAUAUGGAAGAUACUGGUAUUCGAUGAUAUGGGGAGGGACGUCAUCUCGAGCGUGCUGCGUGUCAGUGACCUGCGCCAGUGGGGGGUCACCAUUCAUUUGAACAUCAACACCACCAGGCACAGCAUUCCCGAUGUCCCCGUGAUAUACCUCAUCGAGCCCACUGCUGCCAACUUGGCCAUUGUCACGUCCGAUCUUUCCAGAUCCCUCUACUCCCCAGCCUACGUCAACUUCCUCAGCUCCAUACCCCGACCCCUUCUCGAAGACUUUGCAGCACAGACAGCUGCAUCCGGGACUGCGGAGCAUCUAGCGCAGAUCUACGACCAAUACCUCAACUUCAUAGUCAGCGAACCGGACCUAUUCUCCCUCAACCUGAAUGGGGCAUACAGUACUUUGAACAGUGCACAGACGUCCGACGAAGACCUGGAUGCCUUGGUAGAGCGGAUCGUGUCUGGGCUUUUCUCCGUCGUAGUGACCAUGGGGACAAUACCAAUCAUUCGAUGUGCGCGCGGAGGUGCCGCAGAGUUGGUCAGCAUCAAGCUGGACCGGAAACUCCGCGAUCACCUGCUUAACUCAAAAGUCAACCUUUUUGGUGACCACAAGUCGGCCGCGGCUAUUGCCUCACGACCGGUGCUCAUCAUAGCAGAUCGCAAUGUGGAUCUGACCCCCAUGCUCAGCCAUUCCUGGACCUAUCAAAGUCUGAUCACGGACAUCUUGCACAUGCAUCUCAACAAGAUCACUGUGACAGUCCCUAUUGACGAGAACAACCCUGAGAAAGGCAGCAAGAAACAGUCAUAUGACCUGACCGCAUCCGACUUCUUCUGGCAGAAGAACGCGACACGGCCGUUUCCAGACGUAGCGGACGACAUCGACGGCCAGCUCAAGAAGUAUGAAGAGGAUGCAAACGAGGUGACGAGGAAGACAGGCGCAUCCUCCAUUGACGAUCUUCAAGGAGGCUCCGCCUCCAUCGCUGCGCAUCUGAAAGGUGCGCUCGCGCUAUUACCAGAGCUGAAGGAGCGGAAAGCGCUCUUGACCAUGCACAUGAACAUUCUCAAAGCGCUUAUCAAGGGCAUUGAAGACCGGAAGGUGCAUGAAUUCUUCCAACUGGAAGAGGACCUUUCAAAGCAAACGAAGGCGCAGGUUCUCGAAAUCCUCAAGAGUCCCGACAAGGGCAACGAGCCCCUGGACAAGCUGCGCUUUUUCCUUCAAUGGUAUCUCACAACCGAGACCGAAGUGUCUCGGGCAGACUUGGAAAGCUUCACCAAGGCUCUUCAAGAUGCAGGCGCGGAUACUACGUCCCUAAACUAUGUCAAGACCGUCCGCCAGCUCACCCGCAUGACCAUGAUCUCCUCGGCCCCCAGCCAACCCCAGCAAAACGCAUCCAGCAUGUUCCAAGGCCUCACAAGUCUCUCCUCCCGCGUCACCGAUCGCUUCAAGGACGCCGGCCUCGCCACAAACUUCGACACCCUCCUCUCGGGCCUCACCAACCUCAUCCCGAAGAACAAAGACCUCACUCUUACCAAGAUCGUAGAGUCUCUCAUGGAUCCGCAGAACGCGUCCUCGUCCGCCAUCUCCAAGACGGAGGACUGGCUCUACUUCGACCCGCGCUCCGCCAACGCGAGAGGCACCAUUCCGCAGGCCAGCCAGGCGAGGGGCCAGAUGGGCGGCGCGAGCGCGUCAGGCGUAGGUCGCGGGAUCGAAGCGAGUUUUGGGAUGCGGCGGCAGGGCUUCAGCGAGGCGAUUGUAUUCACGGUUGGAGGCGGGUCGAUGGACGAGUAUGGGAAUCUGAUGGAGUGGGUUAAGAGGACGGGGGGUGGAGGGGCGUCGGGCGCGGGGGCAGGCGCGGCGCAGGGGAAGAGGAGGGUCGUGUAUGGGAGUACGGCGUUGUUGUCUGCGACGGAGUUUAUCACGAAGGAUUUGAUGGUGUUGGGGAAGGAGAGUACGUAGGGGUGUGAGAUAGACUCGGUUUCAGGGAAAAGGAACCGGGCGAUGUCCCUCUAUGGGUUGGGAGCAGUGUCUUGAUGGAGAAGUGGAAACCCCAGCUGCGCCGAGCGGAUGUAUUCAAUAGAUGCUCUAGAUUUAAUCUGCGAAAGGGCGAUCGACUUGUUGGGCAAUGAUGAGAUGGGCAUCCUCAGUUUCCACGCCAAGCACGGAGUCUGCACAGCUGGAGUAGUCCCUAUGAAUGAGAUUUU